CCCGUGCGAGCGGAAGCGGAAGCGGCUCUGUUCGCCGCCUCUCCCACCAGCCCCAUGAGCUGCAGCGGCUCCGGCGCGGACCCCGAGGCGGCACAGGCCGGUGCCGCCUCGGUCGCGGGUCCGGCGCCCCCGGUAUCGGCUCCUGCAGCGCUGCCCGCCAGUACGGCCGCGGAGAGCAAGGCCAGCCCCGCGGGGACGGCAGGGGGACCCGGAGCUGGAGCCGCCACUACGGGCACGGGCCCCGUGGCGGCGCGAGCCGGGGAGCCGGCGGAGCGGCGCGGGCCCGCCUCGGUGGCAGCGGGCGGUGCGGCUCCCCCUGAAGGGGCAAUGUCUAAUGGGGUUUACGCCCUGCCGAGCGCGGCCAACGGAGAAGUGAAGCCCGUAGUGUCCAGCACGCCUCUUGUGGACUUCUUGAUGCAGCUGGAGGAUUACACCCCUACGAUCCCAGAUGCAGUGACUGGUUAUUACCUGAACCGUGCUGGCUUUGAAGCUUCAGACCCACGCAUAAUUCGGCUCAUCUCACUAGCUGCCCAGAAAUUCAUCUCAGAUAUUGCCAACGAUGCCCUACAGCACUGCAAAAUGAAGGGCACAGCCUCAGGCAGCUCCCGGAGCAAGAGCAAGGACCGCAAGUACACCCUUACCAUGGAGGACUUGACCCCUGCCCUCAGCGAAUAUGGUAUCAAUGUGAAGAAGCCGCACUACUUCACCUGAGCCACCCAACCCAGACGUAUUUGUCUUUUCCUCUGUCCCCACACCAGCCUGUUUUCAUAAUAAACUUUAUUGUGACAGGCAGGGCUUAUCCCUCCCAUGUUGGGAGACA